AUGACGGUGAGUUGUGUGUCUGGCCACGGAGACUCUUGCAUGGGUGCAAGGGGACCUGGAAGCUCUGGUGACUACGCACUUGGACCUUCCUCAUCCCUUACUCGGUUACAUCAACCAAGCUAUAGAGCAGCGGGAAUCUAUCCUCCCGAAAACGCUCCCCUGCCAGCCAGUUCAUCAGGUCACCUGGCGCAGGAUAUGGAAGAGUUGUCGCUUAGCCGUGGUGAGAGCCAACUUCCUCACCUUCAGCAGAUGUUUUGUGACACCACUCCCCUUCUGCCACUUCUUUCACAACCACCCAAUCCCUCGAACCCAGGAGGUGGUGAAUACGGAUCGGCAGUACCAAGUCAUCAGAUCUCCUCUGCGCAACACUCACAUCAGAGCAGCAUGGACAGUGGGGUCGGUCCAUCAGUUGCCGGCGGCCAUUCUAUUCCCAGUGCUAACCAGACUCCUGAACACACAAAGGUUGCCUGUUUCGAUUCGAGUGAGUCAUUCCAACCCAAUAUCAAUCUCCCUCCUCGUUUGCGACUAGUGGGCGGUGCUUUCAAGACGAGAGGAAGGAAAUAG